AUGCAGUUCGCCAAGCCUCUCCUGCUGCUGGCAGCCCUCACUACCAGCGCCAUCGCUCGUCCCGAAGGCCAUGAGCGCCGCCAGGUUGCAACUGCCACCACCACCAGCGCUGCUUCGUCCUCUUCCACCUCCUCCGGCGGUGCUUGGACCAACACUCCUUCCAGCGGCACUUACUCGACCUCCGGCUUCGGUGGCCAGACCAGCAGCAGCGGCAGCGGCGACACCUACACCGGCAACGUUGGCAACCCCUACGGCAGCAACAUCAUUGAAGUUUCCGCCUCCAACGCCAGCUCGUACAAGUACGUGAUGCAAUUCCAGGGCUCCAACACCGACGACUGGACCGUUGCCAUCUGGAACAAGUACGGUUCCGACGGUAAGAUGGACGGCUGGUACGGCAACGCCUGCAAGACCUUCACUCUCGCCGCCGGUGCCACCAAGUACAUCGCCUUUGACGAGGACACCAACGGUGGUUUCGCCGCUGCUUCCGGCUCUACUAUCCCCACCGACUCCAACGGUGGCUACGCCUCCACCUGGGGUGAGUUCGAUUUCGGCUCCACCGUCAACAGUGGCUGGUCUGGCUUCGAUGUCUCUGCUAUUGCUGCCCAGAGUGCCAGCCUCACCGUCCAGGGUAUGAAGAUCUGCGAUGCUCUCGGCUCUACCUGCUCUUCCAUCACUUCCGGUGCUGGUACCGUUAGCAACGCCUACACCAAGGCCGAGACUGACGUCGGUGGUAUCGGUGGUAACCUCUCUUCCGGCCCUGUCCGUCUGGCCGUCACCAUCGACUAUUCUUAA